AUGUCGCCAAAUGGCGAAUGCGAAAGCUGUGGUCAGGGUUGGCCACGCUCAUCCAUAAACAGAGUUCGGUUCCCAGUAGCGGAACCAUGGGUUUGUGGCCGUCGUUUGACGAUAGCAAGAAGAGUGAAAAAUGAGAAGUUCGAUUUAUAUGAAAAAUAUCUGGAGGUCGAUCACAUUGUUGCCCUUGAAUUACAACGACACAUAGAUUUUCUUUGA